AUGGGCAGCAACACGUCAAAAGAGGAGGCCAAUGCUGCCGUGGAGCAGCCAAUGGAGGAAGACGAUGAGCCAGAUGAGUGGGACAAGCGCAUAUUCAGCACAGGCUGUGCAGACGAAAACAUGAAGAUGACCGACUGCUACUUUGAGAAGAAGGACUGGAGGCAAUGCAAGGACGAAGCAAGUUGA